UGCCUUCAGACCAUAUUUUUCAUUGCAAGCUCAAUGCUACUUGCCCACAGUUGAUUUGCCUAUAUGACCAUAUAUAAGGCAUCUGAGGUUUUAAUUUAGAAUCUAUAUUUUCUAUCAUGCAUAUGUAAUUGAUUAAUUAUUGGAUAUAUUGGAGCUUCUGAGAUGAUUUGAAUCGAUUAUUCUACUGUUUGUUCUUGAUGAUGGCAUAUAUAUCAUGAACUGUUUUCAAUGUGGUGUGAUCAUCAAGUUAUAAUUUUUGUUAUUGGAGUUGUUAACGUUAAUUCCUUUCCAUUCAUGAGAUAUUGACUACACUCUGUGAUACAUGUAUGAAGCUCAUUUGUCAAGUGAGUUUUUGAUUUCGAUAUUUGCUUUUAUAAUUUAGAUCAAUGAUCUUACAAGUCGAUAACAAAAUCCAUUUGAAAACAGUGAUGUCAAUAGAGUGUGGAAAAAAGAGCAAAUUUUUAGGAGGCAAUAAUAGAGACAGUCAAAAGAGAGGACAAAGAAUGCUUAAUGAUCAGAAUAUGACUAUUCCUAACAUGACCAUGGAUUGUAGAAGAAAAUCAAAAAGGUGGAGAGAAGCAUCUGAGCCAGUGUUAAUAAAAAAGAAUCAGACGUUCGAGAGUAAUAAUGAAAAUGACAAUGCAUCUAACUAUUGUGAUGAGGGAAGUAGAAACGAUCGACAAAAUUCUGACGUGAUUGUAAAUGAAAGGUUCUGGACUGGCUUUUUUGGCUGAGGUGUCUUUGGUUGCAAACCACUCGCUUCAACUUUAAAGGCUUGACACCAUGGUUGCACAGACUAAGUUCCUGGAAUAGUGGGAAGACAAGAGUUUGUAUCAAUAUGUUGGCUAUUGAAACCAAGUUCCUGCACAAACUCUAUAUGUGGCAUGUUUUACGUAGUUGU